AUGGAGGAUUGUUCUAAAAAUUUCAGCAUUAUUUCUGAUAUGGGCACAAAGGGUUUAGUUUGCCAUUAUCAGUUUGAAGAAGGAUCGUCGCAGUUUAUUUUUCUAGACAUCGACGAAGAAACAGGAGGUAUCGGUAUCAACGAUUCCCUAAGUUUCUCCACCAGCAGUUAUGUGCAAAUUAUCUCUUCAUCUAAGGGCUUCCUUUUGUUGUCUAGUUUUGGGGAGAAUCAGCUCAACUACCAUGUGUUUAAUCCACUGACUAAGCAGUCUGUGACUCUUCCUCACCAUGGUAUUACCAGGCAAGUUAUUAGGUCAGGUUUGGGUUUUGAUGGAAAACAUUAUCAGGUUGUACUUGUACAUGUUUUUAAAGAUGAAGAGAAUGGAUUGGGCCCAUUUCCUGGUGAUAUUGAAUUGGAAAUUUUCUCCUCCGAAACUGGGGCUUGGAGAAAUCACCAACCCUUCAGUUUGUCUUUGAAUGUUGAAUUACCUGACAACGAGUUUCCUGAGUUGAACACAACCCCACUUUUUUCCAAUGGAGCUAUUCACUGGGAAAUAAGUGGACAGUUGCUUGUUUAUCACGUUAAAGAUGAUUACUGCGAAGUGAUUGAACUGCCAAAUGUUUUUGAAGAUUGGUCUUGGCAAUCAACAUUGACUUACAGGCGAUGUUUGUGGGAAUCCGAGGGGAGAGUGAACUACACUUACACUGAUUUUGAUGGAGUUCAUACCUGGAAUCUCCUCAAGGAAUAUGAGCAUGAUGUCUACUCACUCAAGAAUGUCUAUGACCGCGAAAAAUUCAGGUGGGCAUUAGCAUAUACUAUCAAUCAUAAAGACUUGGCGGAACAGGAUCUUGAAAUUCUGUGUCUUGGUGAUCAGUGGGAGCCGCGCAACGUAUCUCCUUUUGCUUAUAUUGAAGAUCUUGAGACCAUGUAUUUGCAGCUUCCAGGGAUUGUUGUUGCAUACAACACCAAGAAUCGAGUUUUGCAGAAAGUAUGCAGGUACAAAUUUCCAGGAAUGGAUUUCAAUUGCUGUUCUUUCUUCCCCUUCAUCGCCAGCAGUGAGUGCCAUCAGAAAAAUGUAAGUAAAUCACUACAAGUAGGAGCAAAGGUUGACUUACCUCUAGGAAAAGAACUGAAAUCAUUUUCAUUUUAA